AUGCAUCUCGCCUCAUUUGAAGACCCGACCGAUUCGCCACUGCACUCGCAAUUGGUGGGCUGGACGGGCCGCGAUUCUGACGAAGGCAAUCCUCUCGGUAAAUACGGACCGAAUGUCUGUGCGAGAUUCACCUUCAAAAACUCCUCAGAGGGCCGUCAGGGCCGAUCAGAUGCUGGCAUCCCGAGGAGAUGCCAUCGUAAUCCGUCAGAGUGCGAAUCUUCCGGUGGUGUUGGGAUGGAGCCGCUGCAGGGCUUCGCACAGGCACUCCGGAGACAGUUCCAUCGUCUAAUAGAUAUGUUGAAGAUUUUCUCGAUAUGA